AUGCUCGACCUCACAGUCAGGAUAUUCGCCAUUGUACUGUGCGUCGUGGGGAUUGCUUCAUGUGCCUUCAUCAGUGACCAAGUCACCAGAGCACAACUCCUUGACGUCGCCCCAGAUGCUGAGAAGGCAGCAACCGGCAGACCGAGAUUGAGGCGGAACAUCGCCUUCAAUUCACAAACCGGCCAUCGCUUCCAGUGCAAUAUGCUUGUCUGGGACAUCAUCGUCGCGAAGAUAUCGACACUGUUCACCGCCAUCACACGGCAUGCGAUUCCAUCCGGCCUGUCCAAACGCGCCGACUAUCGACAGCGCAUGGUCUCAAGAUGGCAGAUCCACCAUGCCAUCGUUUGA